AUGGGAAGGAGUGGGGGAUGGUGUAUUGCUGGUGAUGGAGCCCUCUCUCGGUGGAGACGAAGCCUUUGUUCUGUCUCGUCGAUUUGGUGUAUCGGUGGCGACAGAGCUCUCCUCGACGGCGACAGAGCUCUCCUCGACGGCGACGUAGGUGGCGUUCGGCGAAGUCAACAAGAUAGUGGCAUAGGUUUAGAAUCUUCUCCCAUUCCUUUAUUCGGCACGCAAUCCACAGAAGAUUCAAACUUCGAGCAAGACAGUCCACUGCAGCGUAAAGAACGCAGGUCUUGGUCGCAAACAGAUGAUGAGGUCCUCAUCAGCGCUUGGCUUAACACCAGCAAAGAUGCGGUUGUUGGGACCGAGCAAAAGUCUGGGGCCUUCUGGAAGAGAGUAGCCGAUUACUUUGCUGCUAGUCCGAAGCUUGCAGGCCUGGAAAAAAGAGAGCCAUUGCACUGCAAGAAUAGGUGGCACAAGAUCAAUGAUCUUGUGUCCAAGUUAUGCGGAUCUUAUGAAGCCGCAGAGCUUCGCCAUGACCAGAAGUGGUGUGAUCUAUCUACACAGAGAACCUCAAAAAAGAGAAAAGGAGAGGACAAGGCUCAAUCCUCAACAUCUCGCGCAACUGAGGGGGUGGCUGGUGAAACGGUUGAUCGGCCCCCUGGUGUUAAGGCUGCCAAGCGUAGUGGUAAGAAGCCAAUGGAAGAGGGGAAGGGGCGAGAGGAGUUUGAGCGGGUUUGGUCGUAUAAGCAAGAGGAUUUGUCUAGGAGAGAAAAACUCUCCAAGAUAGGUCUACUUGACCGUCUACUUGCUAGAACAGAGCCACUCCCUGACUAUGAAGAAACGCUAAAGAAGAAACUCAUCAAUGAGUUGUUCUCCAUAAUGAGAAUGUUCUUGAGCAAUGGGAGUGGAAUAAUCAGAGACGAAGAAGCUCUAUUAUGCUUGUGUCACGGGCGAAGAAGCUUUGGGAUACUUGUGCCUAGUCGAAUGAACAAGCCGUUGUUCAUGCACAUUGUUGAUCGACUCUCCACCGAAGUUGACUUCUUUCGCCAAAAGACAGAUGGUAUCGGAAGGUUGGGGCUAUCAGCACUCCAAAAGUGUACGGCAACCAUUCGCAUAUUGUCAUAUGGUACUGCGGCGGAUACGAUAGACGAAUACCUCCGGCUCGGUGAAACUACAAGUCGGUCAUGUUUGGAGAAUUUUGUGGAAGGAAUUAUACAAUUAUUUGGCGAUGAGUACCUAAGAAGACCAACUCCGGCUGACCUUCAACGUCUACUUGAUAUUGGAGAGUACCGUGGAUUUUCCGGGAUGAUAGGAAGCAUCGAUUGUAUGCACUGGGAGUAG